AUGGAGCAUUGUCCACGGGUUGGUUUCAACCUGCAGCCUCUUCUGGAAGAGCUGAACGCGGAGGAGUUGAGUCAGUUCAAAUCUCUACUGAAGUCCCUUCCCCAGGAAAGUAUAGUUCACCAGCAAGAGUUCCCCAAGACUGAGAUCGAUGAUGCCAACGGGAAGCAACUGGCAGAAAUUCUCAACGGCUGCCACAAGUACUGGGCGGAAAUGGUGACCGUCCAGAUUUUUGACAAAAUGAACCGCGUCGAUCUGUCUAAGAGAGCCAUGGAUGAAAUCCAAGCCACUGGAAACUUUUCUAUUGUCACCGAGAGAUACAAGGCAUUGAUCCCAUUCUGCAAUCCUCAAAUACUUACGGGGCCACUCACCCACACCGUGGUGCUGCACGGGACUGCUGGCGUUGGGAAAAGUACGCUGGCCAAGAAGUUGAUGAUCGACUGGACAGAUGGCAACCUCGCCAGGAGAUUCCAAUUUGUUUUCUAUCUCAACUGCAAGCAACUCAACCAGAUGGGGCCAUGCAGUUGUGCUGAGCUAAUUGCCAAGGACUGUCCUGAGUUGGACGACGCCUCUCUGGAGGUGAUCGCCAAGUCACAGAACGUCCUGGUCGUCAUUGAUGAUUUUGAUGAGCUGAGUUACUCCCCUGGAGCGCUGAUCCAUGACAUAUGUGAUGACUUGAAGACACAGAAGCCGGUACCCAUCCUCUUGAGCAGUUUGCUAACGAAGAAAAUCUUGCCCAGAGCAACAAUCCUGAUCACCACUCGACCCUGGGCACUGAGGGAACUCCGGCUCAUGUUGGGAGAGCCUCUCGUAUUCAUAGAAAUUGAAGGCUUCUCAGAAAUGGACAGGAAGAGGUAUUUCUUGAAAUACUUCCAAGAUGAAUAUGAAGCCAUGAGAGCCUUUGACUUGAUAAAGAACCAUACAGCUUUGUUCCCCAUGUGCUCAGCACCCAUGGUGUGCUGGCUCGUCUGUAAGUGUCUGAAGCUACAGAUGGAGAAACGGGAGGACCCCACUGCCACGUGUCAAACCACCACAUCUCUAUUCCUGCAUGUCCUGUGCAAUCAGUUCUCACAAGGGCCUGACGGCUACCCCCGUCAGUGCUUACAAACCCCAUUGAAGGUUCUGUGCCUCUUGGCCGCUGGGGGUGUGUGGACACACACAUCCAGGUUUAAUGAAGAAACUGCCAAGAGACUUGGAAUGAAGGAAUCCGAGAUCAGCCUUUUCCUGGGGAAUGUCCUUCAGAAAGACAGAGACAAUAAAGGCUACUACUCCUUUGUCCACCUCAAUGUCCAGCAGUUUCUGGCUGCCAUAUUUUACAUUCUAGAGACUGAAGAGGAGGAGGAAGAUUGGGAGAGCUACAGGAAGGACAUUGGGGAUCUACAAAAGCUGUUCACCACUGAAGAAAUACUGAAGAACCCCAACCUGACCCAGUUAGGAUACUUCAUAUUUGGCCUCUUGAGCAAAAACAGUGCCAAGGAGCUGGAGACAAAGUUUGGCUACCGAGUGUCAAGCGGGGUCAAAGAGGAAUUGCUGACAUGGAAAGUGAAGCCCAUCAAGUCCAAACCCUUCUUGUGGUCGGCCAUGAAGGACACUUUCCGCUGCCUCUAUGAAUCUCAGGAGGAGGAAUUUGUGAGGGACGCCAUGGCCCCUUUCACCGAACUGUCUCUCCACCUGAGAGAUGAAAUCGACAUGACACAUGCAGCUUUCUGUCUCAAGGGUUGUCACAAUCUGCAGAAGCUUUCGCUGAAGGUAACAAAGGAGAUGUUUGUGGAGAAUAAAUCCUUGAAAUCACACCCUGAGGAGGAGAGGCACAAGAAGGAGCAACACAUUCUGUCUGUCUGGAUGGACUUCUGUUCCAUGUUCAGUUCAAACAAGAACCUAGUAUCUCUGGACAUCAAUCAAAGUUUCCUUAAUGACUCCACAGUGAAGAUUCUUUGUGACCACUUAGCCUCCAAAACCCAUAAUCUGCAGAAGGUGGUGCUCAAUAACAUUUCACCUGCCAAAGCUUACGAGGACUUCUGCGCUGCUUUCUGUAAUCAGAAGACAUUGACACAUCUGACCCUUCAAAGCAGUGGCCAGGAUACACUGCCCUCAUUAUGUUCACAGAUCGUGACCUACCCGGGAAGUAGCCUGCAGUAUCUCAGGUUGGGAGGUGGUUCUGCUACCAUUUCACGGUGGGGUGAGUUCUCACUUGCCCUUACAACCAACCAGUCGUUAACCUGCCUGAACCUCACGGACAAUGAGCUCUCAGAUGAUGGUGCAAAGCUGCUGUGUAAAUCGCUGAAGGAAUCAAACUGCUCCCUGCAGAGGUUGUCGUUGGAAAACUGUCGUCUUACAGGAGGCUGUUGCAGGAAUCUCUCCGUUUUGGUCAGAAACGAGAAGCUGACACAUCUGUGCUUGGCGAAGAAUGAGCUUGGGAAUGGUGGGGUGCAGCUUCUGUGUGAGGGUUUGAGUGACCCCAACUGUAAACUGCAGACCCUGGUGCUAUGGAGCUGUGGUAUCACUGAAAAUGGCUGCGACCAUCUCUCAAAGCUCCUCCAAAAAAAGCCGAGCCUGACGCACUUGGAUCUGGGUCAGAAUUGCCUCGGCAUUAUGGGACUGAUCUUCCUGUGUGAGGCCCUGAAGGGACCAGAGUGCAGCCUGAAAUGUCUCUGGUUGUGGGGAUGCUCUCUGGUACCCUUCAGUUGCAUGGACCUCUCAUCUGCCUUGAAAUGCAACCAGAACCUAACCACUUUGGACCUGGGUCAGAAUUCUCUAGGAAAUAGUGGGAUAAAGCUGUUGUGUGAAGCUUUGAAGAGUCAACGUUGUCCUCUAACGAAGCUCAGGUUAAAGAUAGACAGCUCUAACAUGCAAAUGCAAAAGCUAAUGCAAGAAGUCAAAGAAAGUAAUCCACAACUAACUAUUGAGAGUGACGACUAUGAUCCCGGUAAACAGAGACCUUCUUCUCUUGACUUUCUUAUGUAA